GCCGGGCCUUCCACAGCUGCACCUGGAGGGGAACCGCCUCGUUCUCACUUGCCUCGCUGAAGGGAGCUGGCCCUUGGAAUUCAAGUGGAUGCACGAUGACAGUGAGCUCACCACCUACACCAGCGAAUAUAAGUAUGUUAUUCCAUCUUUACAGAGGCUGGAUGCUGGGUUUUACCGCUGUGUGGUUCGAAACAGAAUGGGAGCCCUCUUGCAAAGAAGAUCAGAAGUUCAAGUCGCAUAUAUGGGAAAUUUCAUGGAUACAGAUCAGAGAAAAAUGGUCUCUCAAGGACAUGCAGCUGUACUCAACUUACUGCCCAUCACCAGCUGCCCCAGACCUCAAGUGACCUGGUUCAGAGAAGGGCACAAGAUUAUUCCAAGCAACAGAAUAGCCAUCACGCUGGAGAACCAGCUGGUGAUCCUGGCAGCGACGGCCAGCGAUGCAGGGGCUUACUACGUGCAGGCCGUCAACGAGAGGAAUGGGGAGAACAAGACCAGCCCACUCAUUCACCUGAGCAUAGCAAGAGAUGUUGGCACGCCUGAAGCCGUGGCCCCCGUCAUCGUGAUCCCCCCGAGCAACAGAAGCGUGGUGGCCGGGUCCAGUGAGACCACCUUGGAAUGCAUAGCCAAUGCCAGGCCCGUCGAGGAGCUGAGUGUGACCUGGAAGAGAAACGGGGUGAGAGUCACCAGUGGGCUCCACAGCUUCGGGAGACGCCUCACCAUCAGCACCCCGACCUCCUCAGACGUCGGGGAGUACGUCUGCGAGGCGGCGCUGGCAGGGAGCGCUUUCGAGCCCGCCACAGCCAAAGCCUUCCUUUCUAUCGUAGAGCCACCGUAUUUUACCGAGGAACCCGAGAGCCGGAUUUUAGUGGAAGUAGAAGAAACCGUGGACAUCGUGUGUGGAGCCAUGGGGGCCCCUCUUCCCACCCUCCGGUGGUUCAAGGACGCGGUCUCCAUCAACAAGCUCCAGAACCCUCGAUACCAAGUGCUGUCAAGUGGAGGCCUGCGCGUCCAGAAGCUGCGUCCGGAGGACUCAGGAAUCUUCCAGUGCUUCGCCAGUAACGAGGGCGGGGAGGUCCAGACCUACACCUACCUGGACGUCACCAAUGUCGCCCCAGCCUUCACCCAGCUUCCGGCGGACACCACGGUUACCGACGGGGCGACAGCCGUCCUGAGCUGUGCGGUGUCCGGGGCUCCCAGGCCGGCCAUCGCGUGGAGGAGAGGAAACCGCAUUCUGGCCAGCGGCUCCGUGCGGAUUCCCAGGUUCACGCUCCUUGAGUCUGGGGGUCUGCAGAUCGCCCCUGUCUUACUCCAGGAUGCUGGUAACUACACCUGCUUUGCAGCCAACUCCGAGGGUUCCCUGCACGCGUCUGCCACGCUCACCGUGUGGAAUCGAACGUCCAUCGUGAACCCUCCAGAGGACCGCGUGGUGAUUAAGGGGACCACGGCCACGCUGCACUGUGGGACCACCCACGACCCCCGCACUUCUCUCCGCUACGUGUGGAAGAAGGACAACGUGGUCAUCACCCCAUCUGGCAGCUCCAGGAUUGUGGUGGAGAAGGACGGGUCCCUCCUCAUUAGCCAGACGUGGUCGGGCGACAUUGGAGACUACACCUGUGGAGUCAUCUCCGAGGGCGGGAACGACUCCAGGACAGCCCGCCUGGAGGUGAUUGAACUGCCUCAUUCACCCCAGAACCUCCUGGCCAGCCUGAAUUCUUCUCACAGCCAUACCGUGAUGCUCUCCUGGGUCCGACCCUUUGAUGGAAACAGCCCUGUUCUUUAUUACAUUGUGGAGCUGUCUGAAAACAACUCUCCGUGGAAAGUGCAUCUGUCACACGUCGGCCCCGAGAUGACAGGCGUCACCGUGCGUGGCCUGACCCCGGCUCGUACCUAUCAAUUCAGGGUGUGCGCCGUGAACCAAGUGGGCAAAGGCCAGUACAGCGCAGAGACGAGCAGGCUGGUGCUCCCUGAAGAGCCGCCCGGGGCUCCCCCGAAAAACAUAGUGGCCAGUGGGCGCACCAAUCAGUCCAUCAUGGUCCAGUGGCAGCCGCCCCCCGAAACAGAGCACAAUGGGCUGCUGCGUGGGUACAUCCUCAGGUACCGCCUGGCUGGCCUGCCCGGAGAGUACCAGCAGAGGAACAUCACGAGCCCCGAGGUCAGCUACUGCCUGGUGACGGAGCUUAUCAUCUGGACGCAGUACGAGAUACAGGUGGCCGCCUACAAUGGGGCUGGCCUGGGCGUCUUCAGCAGGGCGGUGACCGAGUACACCUUACAAGGAGUGCCGACCUCGCCCCCGCAGAACGUGCAGGCGGAAGCCGUGAACUCCACGACCGUCCAGCUCCUGUGGAACCCUCCACCCCAGCAGUUCAUCAAUGGCAUCAACCAGGGCUAUAAGCUUCUGGCGUGGCCAGCCGAUGUCCCCGAGGCCGUCACUGUCGUCACCAUUGCUCCAGAUUUCCAUGGAGUCCACCAUGGGUACAUAACGAACUUGAAGAAGUUUACUGCUUACUUCACAUCAGUUCUGUGUUUCACCACGCCGGGGGACGGGCCUCCAAGCACGCCUCAGCUCAUACGGACACAUGAAGACAAACCGGGACCUGUGGGACACCUGAGUUUCACGGAGAUCCUGGACACGUCUCUCAAGGUCAGCUGGCAGGAGCCCCUGGAGAAAAACGGCAUCGUUACAGGCUACCAGAUCUCCUGGGAGGUGUACGGGAAGAGCGACUCACGGCUGGAACUCACUCUCAACAGCUCGACGCACGAGUAUAAGAUCCAAGGGCUGUCCUCUCUCACCACCUACACCAUCGACGUGGCGGCCCUCACCGCCGUGGGCGCUGGCCCGGCCACCUCGUCCACCAUCUCUUCUGGGGUGCCCCCAGAGCUCCCUGGUGCCCCGUCCAACCUGGUCAUUUCCAACAUCAGCCCUCGCUCAGCCACCCUGCAGUUCCGACCCGGCUACGACGGGAAGACAUCCAUCUCCAGGUGGAUCGUGGAGGGACAGGUUGGAGCCAUCGGCGACGAGGAGGAGUGGGUCACCCUCUACGAGGAGGAGAAUGAGCCUGACGCCCAGACGCUGGAGAUCCCAAACCUCACGCCCUACACUCAUUACAGGUUCCGAAUGAGGCAGGAGAACGUCGUCGGUGCCAGCCCCUUCAGUCAGUCCUCCCGGGUCAUCCAGACCCUGCAGGCCCCCCCGGACGUGGCCCCCACCAGCGUCACCGUCCGAACUGCAAGCGAGACCAGCCUGCGGCUCCGCUGGGUGCCGCUGCCCGACUCACAGUACAAUGGGAACCCCGAGUCCGUGGGCUACAGAGUUACGUGCUGGCGCCCCGACCUCCCGUCCACUGUGCUGGCCCAAGUCAUCAGCGACCGGCUGGAGAGGGAGCUCACGGUCGAGGGGCUGGAGGAAUGGACAGAGUACGAGCUGCAGAUGCAGGCCUUCAACGCCAUCGGGGCCGGGCCCUGGAGCGAGGCCGUCCGGGGCCGGACACGGGAGUCAGUUCCUUCAGCCGCCCCCGAAAAUGUGUCAGCCGAGGCCGUCAGCUCCACCCAGAUUUUACUGACGUGGGCUUCGGUGCCCGAACAGGACCAGAAUGGGCUCAUAUUGGGCUACAAGAUCCUGUUCCGCGCCAGAGAUCUGGAUCCUGAGCCCAGGAGCCACGUGGUCCGAGGGAACCACACGCAGUCCGCGCUCCUGGCCGGUCUGGGCAAGUUCGUGCUGUACGAGCUCCAGGUGCUGGCCUUCACCCGCAUCGGGAACGGGGUCCCCAGCUCGCCCCCCAUCCUGGAGCGGACCAAAGAUGACGCCCCAGGCCCACCCGUGAGGCUUGUGUUCCCAGAGGUGAGACUCACGUCUGUGCGGAUCGUGUGGCAGCCGCCGGAGGAGCCCAACGGCGUUAUUCUGGGGUACCAGAUCGCCUACCGCCUGGCCAGCAGCAGCCCUAACACGUUCACCACCGUGGAGGUCGGCGCCACCGUGAGGCAGUUCACGGCCACUGAGCUGGCCCCGGAGUCCGCGUACGUCUUCCGGCUGUCGGCCAAGACCAGGCAGGGCUGGGGGGAGCCGCUGGAGGCCACCGUCAUCACCACCGAGAAGAGAGAGCGGCCGGCGCCCCCCAGGGAGCUCCUGGUGCCCCAAGCGGAAGUGACCGCGCGCAGCCUGUGGCUCCAGUGGGUCCCGGGCAGCGAUGGGGCCUCCCCCAUCCGGUACUUCACGGUGCAGCUGCGCGAGCUGCCCCGGGGACAGUGGCAGACCUACUCCUCGUCCAUCAGCCACGAGGCCACAGCCUGUGCCAUUGAAAGGCUGAGGCCCUUCACCUCCUACAAGCUGCGCCUGAAGGCCACCAAUGACAUUGGGGACAGCGCCUUCAGCGCCGAGACAGAGGCGGUAACCACACUGCAGGACGUUCCGGGAGAGCCUCCAAGCUCUGUCUCUGUGACGCCACACACCACCUCGUCUGUUCUGAUCCAGUGGCAGCCCCCGAGGGACGAGAGCCUGAACGGCCUCCUGCAGGGAUACAGGAUCUACUACCGGGAGCUGGAGAACGAGGCGGCCUCGGCCACUGAGUCCAAGACGCUCAAGACCCCCUCCGCUCUGCGGGCCGAGCUCACAGAUCUGAAGAAAUACCGGCGCUAUGAAGUGGUCAUGACAGCCUACAACGUCAUCGGCGAGAGCCCGGCCAGCGCACCCGUGGAGGUCUUCGUCGGCGAGGCCGCCCCGGCCACAGCUCCGCAGCACGUGCAGGUGAACCCACUCACGGCCAGCCAGCUGGAGGUCACGUGGGACCCGCCGCCGCCCGAGAGCCAGAACGGGAACAUCCAGGGCUACAAGAUCUACUACUGGGAGGCGGACAGCCAGAACGGGACGGAGAAGAUGCGGGUGCUGUUCCGGCCCGAGACCACGGCGAAGCUGAAGAACCUCACCAGCCAUACCCAGUACCUGGUCAGCAUCUCGGCCUUCAACGCCGCUGGAGACGGGCCCAGGAGUGACCCCCGGCAGGGCCGUACCCACCAGGCCGCUCCCGGGACCCCCAGCUUUCUGGCAUUCUCGGAAGUAACCUCCACCACGCUGAACGUUUCGUGGGGGGAGCCCACGGCAGCCAAUGGCGUCCUGCAGGGCUACCGAGUGGUGUACGAGCCCUUAGCGCCUGUCCAAGGGGUGAGCAAGGUGGUGACGGUGGACGUGAAGGGGAACUGGCAACGCUGGCUGAAGGUGCGCGACCUCACCAAGGGGGUGACCUACUUCUUCCGAGUGCAAGCGCGGACCAUCGCCUACGGGCCCGAGCUGCGGGCCAGCAUCACGGCCGGCCCGGCCGAGGGUUCCCCGGGCUCCCCUCGAGACGUCUCGGUCACCAGAUCCGCCUCUGAGCUCACACUGCAGUGGACGGAGGGCCGCGCGGGCAGGACGCCCACCACGGGCUACGUCAUCGAGGCCAGGCCCUCAGAUGAAGGCCUGUGGGACAUGUUUGUGAAGGACAUUCCGCGGGGUGCCACAUCCUACACCGCCAGCCUGGACAAGCUCAGGCAAGGAGUGACCUACGAGUUCCGGGUGGUGGCCGUGAACCAGGUGGGCUACGGGGAGCCCAGCAGCCCCCCUGCUGCCGUGUCAGCUCAGGUGGAGACCCCGUUCUACGAGCAGUGGUGGUUCCUCCUGGUGGUGGCGCUGUCCAGCCUGCUCGUCGUCCUCCUGGUGGUGUUCGCCCUGGUCCUGCAUGGCCAGAACAAGAAGUACGGGAGCUGCGGCCCAGGUAAGAGCAUCUCCAACGUGGAGGAGUCCGUGACCCUGGACAACGGGGGAUUUGCCACCUUGGAGCUCAGCACCCGCCACCUCAACGUCAAGAACACCUUCUCGAAGAAGAACGGGACCAGGUCCCCGCCUCGGCCGAGCCCCGGCGGGCUACACUACUCAGAUGAAGACAUCUGCAACAAGUACAACGGUGCCGCGCUGACCGAGGGCGGGACCCUCCAGGAGAAGUCGGGGGACGCCACGGAGUCUGAGGGCACCGAGUCCGAGUCCGAGGACGCGCUCCCCCAGCACUCCUUCGUCAACCACUACCUGAGCGACCCCACCUACUACAACUCGUGGAAGCGGCGCGCGGGCGCGGCCCCGCACAGGUACGAGGCGGUGGCGGGGGCCGAGGCCGGGCCGGCCCCGCGCGCGGUGGUCACCACGCAGAGCGCCGUGUUCGCGCCCGCCGCCCACGGCGCCCGGACUCCGCUCACCGGCUUCUCGUCCUUCGUGUGAGCGGCGGCGACCCUUGUUAAGACAAUCAGCUCCGGGAACUGGGCUCCAGCUUGGGUUUAAGAGGAUCUGACGCCUGAUGAUUGAUUUUACCCACUUGUGAACGCGAGAUUUCAAUUAGGAAAGUUUUUUUUCACUGGCUUUUUGUAACAUCGCUGCAGGAAGCGGGUUUCUUUGUUUUCCUUUUCUUUUUACGAGAAGGUGUGUUUCACUGGUGCAAGGGCUCAUCACCCCGACCUGGGAAGAGAAGACCUGAGCCCUCGGUCCCGGGCUUCUCCAUCCUGCGCCGACUAGGAAGGCUGGCGGGGAGGGAGACGGGGGUCCAGGGAGGCCGUGCCUCUUGCAGGCCGUGCCCUUCUCUUCUCUAACCCCUGCCCGAGAACCAGCGGCCCGCGCGGGGCUCCAUCCCACCGUCUCCGUCUCCGGGGUGCGAAGAGCAUGUGUGUGACCCAGGCUCAGGGCCUGCGGACCCAAGGGCGUCCAUCUCUGAAAUGUCCUCACUCGGCAGUUUGUAGGCGAGGAAUCGGCUUUAAGGUUCCUGGCCGCGGGGCCACAGAUUCCAAGGUUCCUUUCGGCGUCCUUCCAGGGGUGAAAUAUUCGGGGCUCCCCCUUCCUUCCUUUCGACCUCGCAGCGCAGGAGCAGGAAGCACCGCUGCCGGGAGCCACCCCCGUGGCCCUCGGCGAGCUCGCUCCUUCCCUGACCGCACAGCACACGGCCAGCCCGCCAACCCGAGCGAACGAGGCAGCGGCUGCAGAAUCGCUCGCUGUGUAAGAGGUGUGCAUUGUUAACCAGAGUAUUUUUUAAAUCUUUUUAUCUUUUUUUAAAAUGUGUCACAUGAAAUGAAUGAGUCUCAGCUGUCUCCAGGUGCCUUUUUAUUAAUUGUUUAGCUUUGUACGUGGGAAAGACGAAGAGCGACAGUGUCUCCAAGUAUAGCAAAACGGCUCUGAGAAGACGGGGUCCCCAGCCCCUCCCCCCGUCCCCGUGCCUGCCAGGCCCCGCCAUGCGUGUGGCCCGCGGCUUUCCUUGGAGCGCGCGCGGCCUGGGGCCUCCGGGUUCCCGCCGCUGCCGUGACUGUGGUGUGGCUCUCCCUUCCCCUGACCCCAGGCCAGCUCUUAGCCUUAAUGGGUUUUCUGGAAACCGUUUUUUACUUUGUUACUGUUUUGUUUUCGUUUUUUAGCUAAAUGGUAAUAGCAUGAACUAUUUUGAAACUCCAAACCGUAGCUCUGCCUCUAGCCCAUCACAUCAUUUUUUGCAAAAGGUGUGUGAGGUACAGGUGGUCAAGCCGUGGUUCCAGGGCCAGAUGUGCCGGGAGUGCUGCUGCUGUCAGCGGGGUGUGCCCCGCCUCCCCCUGGGGGAGGGGCACUGCAGAAGGACCCCGCCGGCUGCCCGGUCAACCGGAGCCUGUCCACACCCCCCAGGGCACAGGACCGGCCUGCAGGUCCCCAAGGGCGGAAGGGCUGGGCCACCCACGCCACGGGGAGCCGGUCUCGUGGCCACCCGUGGGUCACGUGGUCUGUGGGGUCCCUUCUUCCCACGCCUCCUCCGGGCAGAGGGCCGUCUUAACCCUCUGAUUUCAGAGUUGCUGGGUGCGGUCUCCCCAGGAGACCAAGGAGAGUUUUGUGUUGCUGAAAAAAGGCCUCUUCUGUUUGAGAGUUUUGUGUUGGGUAAAAAAAAAACCCUUUCAGUUUCUCUAAAAGUAGAGGUAGGAGGUGUGGAAAGGUUCCUUUCUCUCUCCUCCUCCUCCUUCCUUCUCUCUUUCCUUCUUUCCUUCCUUCCUUCCUCCCUCCCUCCGUUCCUUCCUUCCUUCCUUCCUUUUCUGUGUAAAGGGGAAACGUUCUAAACCAAAAAUCCUAGACGCUCUGCCCAAAGCCUCUCCUGCGUGAGAAUCGCUCCCUGGUCAGGACCCGCCCAGGGCACGGGACCAGCCACCUCUGUCCUCUCGGCCCCAGACGGGGAAGUGGACAGAAAGCCCCAAGGCUGCCCCUCGAGUUUCUCGGAAGACAAGCGAUCGACAGAGAACGUGGACAAACACUGGCUUCCGCGCUCUGCUCUCUGAGCCGCACGUCCGCUGCUUUAUAUGUGCGAAAGUGCUGAGACGUCCUAGCGUGGGGACGGCUUGGUUUGAGGCGUGUUUCUGGCUUUUGGGCUUUUGUGACAACAUGACGCCUUUUUCCCCAGGCUCGUUAUACUUCCUGUGUUCUCUCUGCUUUGAGCGAACUUCUUUGGGACGGAACAGGCGGUCCGAGGCGGCGAUGGGCGUUGGCGUCCGCGCUCCGCCCGGUGGCACCGGCGCUGUGAGCCGUGGGAGCUACUGGACCAGAGGAAGAGCGGGGGGUCUCUGGUUAGGUUUCAGCCUCCAGGUAGUGUGGGCGUUGAGAAGCGUCGAUUCCUAACCUCUCGUCUUUAGGGAGGAAAAAAGAAAAUCACAGGAUAGGAAAAUGGAUACUGGAUUUUAAUCUCGGUUCUGAAAAAAAGGACGAGCACCGUUUCUCUCACCGAGGCAAGGAGGAGUGUUCCAUCCUGCCGCCUUCUGAGCCAUGAUGCCCGUCAGGUGUCUUGCGCUCAGCUGUCGCUGAGUCCCCCAUCGAAGGCCCCGUGAUGGGCAGGCGAGCCGCCCCUUCCGCGUGAGGACCCACAGCGAAGCAGCCGCUGGGCCGCGCUCUCUGUCUGAGCGGCAGGGAUGGGUUUGCGCGGGGCUCCCGUCCCCACUGGGGACUCCGGGCACAGGUUUCCAGCCGAGUGAGCGGCAGGGCGGGGCUGUGGGCAGUCCCUGUGGUUAGCGGGCCGUGGAGCACAUCUCCUUGAUCUACUGCACCUCCUCCCUCUGAAUAAAUCGGUCCAAACCAAGGCCUCCCCUUCCCGGCCAUGCUUUUAAGGAGCACUCGGUAAAUGUCGUCGCGGAAGAGACGUGAUGUGGGGCAGCUUUGGGGGAGACCGCAGAGGGUGGCGCGCGCUCCGUAAGCCCCUUGUGACGCUGUGCCUGCCCUGGGCCGCGACGGGACUGAAGCAUGGUGUUUGCGUAAUGUUGCUAAUGGUUUGUAGCAUGGUUUUCGGUUUUUACGAAUUCCUGGCACACUGUAGCUCUUCCCCCAGUGAGCAGUCAGGUCCACGUAUCCAGAUGCGGCUCUUUGAUUCAGCAUCCCUAUAGCUCCGAAAGGUGGGAGCAGGUGGAAAUCCAGGAACUGAGCUGGUCUGCUGUGCGUGCCUCAUUUCCUGUCAGCCUCGCCUGCUGGUUUAUCAGGGGCUUAGGUCAGUCCUGGAGUCUUCCCGGCAAUUUUCUGGAAUUGUGCAGAAAACUAGAUCUCCUUUAAGAAAAAAAGAAAAAAAAUGUAGGAAGACAGAGAGGUGCUAUGGGUACGAUUUUUAA